AUGGCGGCGAGUCCAAUCCUAAAAUUUGGUUGUUGUUGGAGAGUGGGAGAUGGCUCAAAUAUUAGAGUCUCCAUGGAUAAGUGGAUUCUGAAUUACCCAACGAAUGGAGUUUUGCAUCCACCUAGUAUGGAGGAGGGUGGUUGGUUUGUCUCGGACCUCAUUAACCAGGAGCAGAAAAUGUGGUAUAGUGAAAUAAUACGAGCAAAUUUCCAUAAGGAGGAUGCCAAUGCUAUUCUCAAAAUUUCCCUAAGCCAUAGACAAGCCUCAGAUGUGAUAAUGUGGUUACAUACAAAGAAGGGAGUUUAUUCGGUCAAAUCGGGCUACCAUGUGGCAAGACAGCUUAAGAAGAUGGAGUCAUGGGCAGAAACAUCAGCCGGUCCGAUUGGUGUUCAAGUGUGGUCUAAACUUUGGAUGCUUAAUGUGCCUAAGAAAAUUAAAGUGUUUGGGUGGUGUGCUUGUCAAAAUAUUAUGCCAACCCGUGCCAAUCUUAGGCGACGAAAAGUCAUGGAUGAAGAUGUGUGUAUGCUCUAUUCAAGAGAAGCCGAAACAGGGGUCCAUGCAUUGUGGGAUUAUGCCGUUGCGAGGGAUGUCUGGGCGGGUAGCUUGGUUCGGCUGCAAAAAUGGAGCGCGGGUCAACAGGAUGUUCUUCAAUUAUUUCAAGAACUGAUGAUCCGGUUAACCACAGCUGUGUUCGAGCUUUUCCUAGUUCAAUCUUAG